AAAGAGGGGAAGUGACAGCGAGACCUGGAAGAUGUCUGCCAUCUUGCCGUCGACAAAAAUUUGGAUGCGCACUCGUCGAAGCUCAUUCUCCCACUUCCAUAUCUCUGGUUUUAGAACAAUCUUUGGUUUAGGAACGCAUGGAAAAAUUCUUUGAUGGAAAAUCUUAGUGGAAAAUAUUUACGAACUUCAAUCGCAUCUAAAAAUCUUAUUUUAAUUCUGUUAUAUUAGUUUAUUCUUAAAAUGCCAAAAAAGAAGGAAAAACUAAAAGGAGUUACAUUUCAAUUAGUACACAGAAGUCAGCAGGACCCUCUAGUUGCAGAUGAAACGGCACCUCAAAGAGUUCUUGUGCCUCUAACUGGCAAGGAAACGAAAGCUGAAAAAGAGAAACGUAUUGAAGAACAACAUAAAUAUGGCAUUUAUUUCGAUGAUGACUACAAUUAUUUGCAACAUCUCAAAGAUCCAAAGGAUUAUGGUAUGGAAUGGCCAGAACAUAUUGAUGAAGAAGUACAAAAGAGAAAAGAGGAGAAAUAUAAAAUUAAACUUCCAUCUUCUGUGUUUGCAUCAACCAUAGAGGAAGAAGUUGGAAUGUUGAAUAAAGCGGUCCCAAUAUCAGGACCUCAGUUAGAUCUAGAUCCUGAUAUAGUGGCAGCAAUGGACGAUGAUUUUGACUACGACGAUCCUGAAAACCAGCUAGAAGAUAAUUUUAUUGAAUUAGCUGAGGGAGUUAGUUCUACCAAUGAUUAUUUUGAUGAAAACGAUGAAGAUAACUAUGAAUAUUCUGACUACAACAGUGAGGGGUUAGAUGAUGUUAGGUCUUUGGGAUCAGAGCAGUCCUUUUCUAAAGAAGAAACAAAAUCUAGAUUUACUAAUUAUUCAAUGACCAGCUCAGUGAUGAGAAGGAAUGAUCAGUUAACAUUACUGGAUGACAGAUUUGAAAAGAUGUAUGCAGAUUAUGAUGAAAAUGAAAUAGGAGCAUUAGACACAGAAGAAAUAGAAGGCCAUGUAUUGGAAUCAUCUGAUAUACUACUUCAAUAUGCUGAAGAAUUCGCCAAACAACAAACCACUGAACAACUAAGCAAUGAAAAAAUUACUAAUAAGACUCAAGAAUUUGUUGAUAAUGAAUCUGAUAAUGAAAGUGAGGAUGAAAUGAAAUAUAUUCAAAUUGAUGACACAGAGAAGUGGGACUGUGAAACUAUUCUGAGCACAUACUCGAAUAUAUAUAAUCAUCCUAAAUUAAUUGUUGAACCUUCAAGUAAUAAAAUUAAAAUUGAUAAAAAAACAGGUCUGCCAAAAAAUAUUUUGGGUGCAAACAAACUUACUACAAAAGCAUUAAAUGAAUUAAAUGCACAAAAUGGAGUAUUUCAGGGCACUGGGUCAAAAUCUGUUGCAGGUCAGUCAAUUAUUUCUCAAUUAUCCCAUUUGUCAAUAAGACCAAAAAAUGAACAGCCCAAGGAACGAAGAGAUCGAAAAAAGGCUCUUAAAGAAUACAAACGCGAAAGAAGAUUGGAAAAGAAACUAAAUACAAAAGCAUUUAAAGAAGAAGCCCAAAAACAGGCAAAAAUAGCUAUAAAUAACAAAAAUAAUGUACAAGGAAACAGAAUAUUAUAAUUAAUUAUAGAACUAUGGCUAAAAAUAAAAUAUUUACAGAGUU